AUGAUGAACGUACAACAUUACCCUCAACAGCAGGCCAAUUUUCAUCAACACCCGCCGCCGCCGUUCGUUCCUUCUAACUCCAAUGGACUCCAACACUACCCUUUUCACCACCAUCCUCAACACAACAACAACAACCAGCAAUAUCCUUGGAGUUACACGAGUCAGCGGAACUCUGUGGAACAGUCUGUCACGGACUUCAACGAUUCGAGGAUGACUCACGGGUCGAAUCAAAAUGUAUAUCACCAUAACCCGCACAUGGACGAAUCAGAUUUGAUGAUGGAUGAACAAGAUUAUACACAGUACCAAAUGGCGUACCCCGAAGAGGAUGAAAUGGUGGAAGGAAUGAUGACACCUCGAGCAGUGCAUCAGUGUAAUGUUUGCAAUAAAAUAUUUGUGUCUUAUAAAGGUUUACAACAACAUGCAGUGAUACACACAGAUCAGAAGCCCUUUAGAUGUGAUAUAUGUUCUAAAUCGUUUCGAUUUAAAUCAAACUUGUUUGAACAUCGAUCAGUUCAUACGGGAUUUACACCUCAUGCAUGUCCAUAUUGUGGAAAGACGUGUCGGUUAAAAGGAAAUCUAAAAAAGCAUCUCCGAACACACGUUACGACAAAGGAAGAGCUGGAGGCUGCUUGGAGGCCGUUUGCAAGCAAUCGACGACCGCCAGCUGAUAUACCAGAUGACGCCAUCAUUGUACGUGGAGCCGGAGGACCUUACUACACACCGCCCGCUAGACCAAAGAAAAAGAAACUUGGAUUGGGAGAACCAGAACAAUGGGUUGACAAGUUGAGAAGAGGAGAUAUUCUUCCACAAGUGGAGCUUGAGGACAAGAUUCGCCGACUGGAAGACACGAUCUUCAACAACUUGGCAUUAGAAAGAUGGGCCAACCUAUUCGAGAUCGCAAAGUCAAUUGCAUUUGAGACACACGACUGCCCAAUCUGCAAAGUGCAAUUCAUGACAAGAAUGGAUUGCAUCAGUCAUCACAGCAUCGAGCAUGAGAACAGUCGUGAUGGUCUUGACUAUUUCUGCGAGAAGUGCUUCCGACCUUUCGCCGACGAAGGAAGCUUCAAUCAACACAUGAGUUAUCAUAAUAGAGUGACCAACCUGAUCGAAACUGGAGUGAUUACUCCACAACCAGCCGACCCAGAUAUCUUGGUGCCGACAAACGACGAGUUCCAAAUGCUGUUUGAUGGAACAUUGACACAGCACAUGAUGGACCAACAAUUGAUCUAA